AUGAUGUGUUCAACCAGAGGUGCAUUAAUGAUCCACAGGCAUGAUCAGACCAUUGUUGAGUCAAACACUCCACCCUUUUGGUACGACAGUUUGGCAAGUGAGAUAGAUCAGUUAAUGUACAUCCCACCAAGACCAGGUGUCGCCUUACCCCUUGAUCCCCGAGUGAACAGACUGGUGAAGGAGAGGAGGGAUCAUUUAAUAUAUCUUCCAUUCAAAGCCACAUGUCACUCCAUCACACAAUCCCUGCUAGAUAGUAUGGUGAUCAGAAACAAGUCAUUUAAUGUGGUCUAG